AUGUGCUUUGAUGAGGACUUCGCCAAGGCCCACUUCCUGAUCACUGCCAGCCUUCUGAAUGCGCCCAAGUUGACCGAUGAGAUUGUGAAAAGGAAGGAGUUGUUGAAAGCAAGCUGCAAGACUGAAGAGCAGCAAAUGGCAUUUCUCUUCGCAAUGGAGCUGAUGAUUGUCAAGGAGAAGCGGAGGGGAAUCAAGAAGUACGACGACAUCCUUAGAAAACUAUGGGAACACGACAUCAUCUCCGAGGAUCGGAUGGACACGUGGUACCGCAAAGAAGAUGGACUCAAGCAGCAUUAUCCAGACUUUCAGCUCGAUGAUGCGAUCGACUGCAGAAAGGCAGGAUGGAAAUUCAUCGACUGGGUUCAACAGGGCGAAGACGAGGACGACGAAGAAGAAGAAGAUGCUUAG